AUGCCAGUGCGAGAGCUAUCUCAUGUGCAGCUGGCAUGCGGCCUACAUUUAUUUGAAGCACUCUUAGGGGUGCUUUUUGAGUCGGCGUGGUGGGAGUUCACCUGUGCCGGAAUUGGGUUGAGUCAAGAGGAUAAGGAGUGGAAGACUUUGUUACAGAAAUAUAUGCCUGAUUACACAGACGCCUGCGAGUUCUGGUUGGACUUUUAUGCUUUAUCCAAGUAUCCUAGUUUGGAUGAAAGAGGGAUGGAACUGCUCAAUGGGUAA